CGCACAGCCAAGCGCAAUGCGGAGGGACUCACUCGGCUCACCCGUGGAGCUAAAGAGAGACACCGAGUUCCUGUAAACUGUCAGAGGAAAUAUGGGCUUCUGAAGUUUGAUCCUGAUGGAGAUGACAUGUUCUGCUCAUUCAUGACGAUAUCUCAACUCAAGUGUGACAACUGUGAUCCCGGUGUCCUCAUCCCUAUUAUGUUUAGAUCUGAGCCGUGCUCGGUCCUUUACACGCCAAACCUGAUCCAGUCUGGAGACAUGCUGAAGGUGGACUUCAUCAUGGAGGACUACCCCAAGGCCAGUAUGAACAUGACCGCCACCAACGGGGCCCAAGAGACCCUUGAAUUCUACAACACCAUCAGCAAAGUCCCCAUUCAGUUUAUAUUCACAGUGGAUCCUGCUGUACCAGACUGUGAAGAGGGACUGUACCUGCCCAAGUAUCUUCCCCCGACUCCUGAUCAUGAAGCCAGAGUCUACACGGCCGUCCAACAGUCCAUCGCGAUCUUCAUACAGUUCACUGCAAACUACUCCUCUUCUUCUGAGCUUCUCCACAACGGUCCCCUUAACAUGACGGUGGAGCGCACUAGGCUGAAGGAGCACGCUCUGGUCUGGAUUCCAACAGAAGAAGAAAUAGGCCACCAUCCCGUCUGCUACGUUCUACUGGUCACAACACCGGUGGGCAAACAUCAGUCUGAGCUUCGCUGUCUUGUGGUGACAGUCGUGAAAGAGCCUAAGUUUCUGAGCAUGACUCCAGCCAAUGGAACCUCCCUCUCCGUCACUGUGAACCAGCCCAUUAUCCUGUUCAUUGACGUGGAAACUCCAACAAAAGAUUAUGAACUCGUAGUCUCAGGUCCAAAUAAUAUGACAAAAUCAAGACUAGGAAGCGGCCUGUUUUUGUUGAGAUGGACCCCGACCGACGCAGAGGCGGGGAAAACCUUCAGCAUUACCUUCUCUGUAAUAUUCUCAAAUUUUAUCUUCAGCCCAGACCCCCUGUCUAACUAUUAUCAGUCGGAGAUUCGAACCAUCACCGUAACCGUGAAGAAGGCUCCACCGAAGCCCGUAGGUUCUGUAUUUCUCCGAACAAAGAUCAUCUCUGCGACGCCGCUCUCUAAAGACUUCAUCCAGAACAGCAUCCUAAAUCAGCUCAAAGAAGAGUUGGUGAACAGUGGCCUGACUCCACAGAUCACUCUGCGCCUCGUGAGCCACAGGAAGAUCGAAGAAACACCGCCAAAAUAA